GUAAUCGACUCUCAACUAUUGGAAGACAAGUCUUCAACCUCACUGCAAGCCGCAAAUACACUGAGCCAUCAGUCACGAUCCCCCCUCUGUGAGCCUUAGCCGUGUCCAUGCAAGUCUAUACUGCUCUGGCAUUGCAAGCUGCCCGCCGAGUUACGACAGCGAUCGCCCGCGCAAAUAGCAGCAUCACCAGACAAACCCCCCGCCAGUACCCCAGACUCAGACCACGGUCCUUUCUCUCGCGCUCCUUUUCCAUCACAGCCUUCCGCCCCUCCACAUACGCUUCCUCGAGCAAUUCCCCACCAAUGGCCGCACAUACAGACACCGAGGCCGCAGAAGUCGCCGCAUCCUCCUCUCCACCCAUCACCCCGGAGUUCCUCACCGAAAAACUCAAGCAGUCCAUAAACAUAACUCACAUCAGUAUGGAAGAUAUGUCCGGUGGCUGCGGACAAGCCUUUAACGCCAUCAUCGUGUCUCCAGACUUCGAGAAGAAAACGCUGUUGGCAAGGAGUAGGCUGGUCAAUGGGGUGUUGAAAGAGGAGAUCAAGGCAAUCCAUGCGUGGACGCCCAGAUGUUUGACCCCGGAGCAGUGGGAGAAGGAGAGGGAGAGGAUAGGGUGAAUGGAAUGAGUGUGACUGGGGAAGCGAAAGGCCAGGCCAGGAUUCAAGUACGCCCUGUGACUAAUGCAUUUGCUGAUGGACGUGGCUUGUAUAACGGGUAUACCUAUAUCAAUUGGAAUGGGUGUCGGUUCUCGAAGGAGCUGGGGGUCUUGAAUGCGACCGUGGGCACUUGCGAUGCCGACUUAGAAGUAAUCGGCAUGCAAAAUCGAAGGUGCAGGACCGUUCAGCGAUAUGUUGGCCCAAGAACUGCAUCUGAUGUCUGUGAAUGCUGGACAGGAGGAUUUUGCACCCCAAAUAUUACAACAUACUAGAUUUUAGAUUCUUCUGUACACCAAAACACCACUUUGACUACA